GUCCUAGCCAUGCUCCGCACGGCUGCGCAGCGGCUGCGGGGCCUGGCACUGCGGAGCUGCCCGCUGCGGGGCUCCCCCGGGCGCACGAGCUCCGUCUGCGGCCGGGAAGGAGAGGAAAAACCACCUUUAUCUACACAAACAAAAUGGAAAGACAGAGCAGAAACAGUGAUAAUUGGAGGUGGCUGUAUUGGCGUGAGUCUGGCCUAUCAUCUGGCUAAAGCAGGGAUGAAAGAUGUGGUCCUGCUGGAGAAAUCGGCAGGUUUAACAACUUACUUUCAUCCUGGAAUAAACUUGAAGAAAAUACACUAUGAUAGCAUCAAACUGUAUGAGAAACUGGAAGAAGAAACUGGGCAGAUGGUGGGAUUCCAUCAGCCAGGUAGUAUCAGACUUGCUACAACUCCUGUGAGGGUAGAUGAAUUUAAAUAUCAAAUGACUCGGACUGGCUGGCAUGCAACAGAACAGUAUAUUAUUGAACCUGAAAAAAUUCAAGAAAUGUUCCCUUUACUCAACAUGAAUAAGAUUUUAGCUGGAUUGUAUAAUCCUGGAGAUGGUCACAUUGAUCCUUAUUCUCUAACUAUGGCCCUGGCUGCUGGGGCUAGGAAAUACGGUGCCCUUUUAAAGUAUCCUGCACCAGUGACUUCUCUGAAACUCAGGUCAGAUGGAACAUGGGACGUUGAAACGCCACAGGGAUCUAUGAGAGCAAACAGAAUUGUGAAUGCUGCAGGAUUUUGGGCUCGCGAAGUAGGUAAAAUGAUUGGACUAGAACAUCCUCUCAUUCCGGUUCAACAUCAGUACGUUGUUACAUCAACUAUACCCGAAGUGAAAGCUUUGAAACGAGAACUUCCUGUGAUCCGUGAUCUGGAAGGAUCAUUUUACCUUCGACAGGAAAGGGAUGGGCUUUUGUUUGGUCCAUAUGAAAGUCAGGAGAAAAUGAAAGUUCAGGACUCCUGGGUCACCAGUGGAGUUCCUCCAGGUGGGUUCAGCAAACAAAAAUAUGGCAUAAUCCACGCUGGUGGGGUAGGGAAAUAUCUCAGUGACUGGAUCCUGCAUGGAGAACCUCCUUUCGACCUGAUAGAAUUAGAUCCUAAUCGCUAUGGCAAAUGGACGACAACUCAGUACACGGAGGCCAAAGCAAGAGAAUCGUAUGGAUUCAACAAUGCUGUUGGUUAUCCUAAGGAAGAACGGUUUGCCGGGAGGCCGACUCAGCGAGUCAGUGGGCUCUACAAAAUCCUGGAGUCUAAGUGUUCCAUGGGGUUCCACUCGGGCUGGGAGCAACCACACUGGUUCUACAAGCCAGGCCAGGACACUCAGUACAGGCCAAGUUUUCGCCGCACAAACUGGUUUGAGCCGGUGGGCUCUGAAUAUAAACAGGUUAUGCAAAGAGUAGGGGUGAUUGACCUGUCCCCGUUUGGCAAGUUUAACAUCAAAGGCCGAGAUUCCAUUAGAUUGUUGGACCGUCUCUUUGCAAAUGUCAUUCCAAAGGUUGGUUUUACAAAUAUAAGUCACAUGUUAACACCAAAAGGUCAAGUAUAUGCUGAGUUGACUGUUUCUCACCAGUUUCCUGGGGAGUUUCUGUUAAUAACUGGUUCUGGAUCAGAACUUCAUGAUCUUAGAUGGAUUGAAGAAGAAGCAGUCAAAGGUGGAUAUGAUGUUGAAAUUAAAAACAUAACUGAUGAGCUUGGUGUCCUUGGAGUUGCAGGGCCACAUGCAAGAAAGGUCCUUCAGAAACUGACCUCUGAAGAUCUUAGUGAUGAUGUUUUCAAGUUUCUUCAAACCAAAUCCUUAAAGGUUUCCAACAUUCCUGUCACUGCUAUUAGGAUAUCUUACACUGGUGAGCUGGGUUGGGAGCUGUACCACAGAAGAGAAGAUUCUGCAGCACUUUAUGACGUUAUCAUGAAUGCAGGCCAGGAGGAGGGAAUUGACAAUUUUGGAACAUAUGCCCUGAAUGUCUUAAGACUGGAGAAAGCUUUCAGAGCCUGGGGCAUUUACCAAAACUGCGAUACAGAAUCACUGGAGUCGGGACUCAAGUAUCAACAAGAACUCUAAAAACCCGCAGACUUCAUAGGAAAGCAAGCACUGAAACAGAUUAAAGCCAAGGGGCUGAAACGAAGACUGGUCUGCCUCACCUUGGCAACAGAUGAUGUUGAUCCAGAGGGAAAUGAAAGCAUCUGGUACAAUGGCAAGGUGGUCGGCAACACAACGUCUGGAAGCUACAGUUACAGCAUCCAAAAAAGUCUGGCUUUCGCGUAUGUCCCUGUGGAACUAAGUAACGUGGGACAGCAAGUGGAAGUGGAACUAUUGGGCAAAAAUUACCCGGCAGUCAUCAUACAAGAACCCUUGGUGUUGACAGAACCAACCAGAAACCGGCUUCAGAAAAAAGGUGGAAAGGACAAAAUUUGAAAAAGACCCUUAGCAAUCAACUGAAUUAUAGUUGCUAUAUGACUAUAUUUGAAAUUAUUAUAAUUGGUUUUCAGGGGAAUAGAGGAAACCAAGAAUUCAUGUCAAAACCAUCAAAAUCUAGAUUUAGAAUCUUAACAGAGCCUUUCUCUUAAUUGUUUUCUAAGCAAGAUAAAAUAAUGGAUCAGUGACUUACAUUGUUCUUUCAAAUGAAGAAAUUUGAAAUGAAUGUUUUUUAUUACCCCAUAUUACUUAAUCAGCAAAACAUUUAGGUGUUUGCUAAUAUAUAAUCAUUAUUAAAACUGAAUUUAAAGAAUAUUAUCUAAUUUUAGUAAUAUAUGCAUAUGAUUCUCAAUAGCUGAAAACAAAUUAAUAAAUUAUCUUUUACAUAAAACAAA